GGCCAUUGUCUUCAAGUACCGAUAGAUAGCGCGCAAAUUUAACCAAUAGAAUCAGCUGUUCUUCCAACGAUCUCCAUGGUCGCCUCUAUUUACAGUUAAAUAGCGGGAGAGUGCCGCAUCGUCGUUGUAUAUUUUUCAGUCUAUAAUUAAUACCUUUUAAACAAAACCAAAAACUGGUGUGUAAUACAUAAUGAAUGACUCAUUUUUAGAAGAUUUAGAUUUAUUGCCAAAUGAGAAAAGAAGUUUUGUAGAAAAUCAAGUAGAUCGACAUGUAACGAUUAGACACACAACCUCUUCGCCCUUACAACGUUUGUCGGAACAAGAUGAUUUUGAAAAACUCGUACAACAACAACAAAAAACUGAAAGUGCCUCGACCAAGGUAUCAAAAUUGCCACAGAUCAGAGAAUCUAAUAAAAAGGAGUCGCCUAUAAAGGAUGUAAAAGGUUUAACCGAACAUGAUACCAGAAAGCAGAUGGUAAAAGCAAAAUCCUCCGAGAGAAAGGACAAAGGUGCUGAAAAUAAAUUAAAGUCAAUGGAAAAUAAAGUUAAAUCGGACUUUAGAGAUAAGGAUAAUAAACAAGAGGCAAAGGUUAAAUUAUCAGAAAGUAAAAUUAUAAUUAAAGAUCAUAAUCGUCGAUCUGGUAGUUAUAAGGAUAAUACCCGUUCCUUGGACAGUUCCAGUAAAGAGAACAGUCGUCCGGCAGAUUCUUCGAAAGGAAGCACUCCUCACAUUGAUAUGACGAAGGAAAGGGGAGGGCGUGUGAUUGAAGGUUCUAUAAAGAAGUCUGAAACAAAAGAAUAUGAUCCAGUUGCAUUACUUAAUGCAAUUAAAGAUCUCAUAAGCACAUAUACCAAACAAGAAAGCACAAAAUUGUUAAAAGCUAUGCAAGAGUUUCACAUCAAUUCACAAAAAACUUUUAUUAAGAGUACAUUGUUACAAACCGAUGAAAUAAUCAAAGAAAUACAUCCUACCAGGGAUUCAAUUCGUAUGAGAGCAUUAAUAGAAGAAAAUGAAAGAUUACAAGAGGAUUUAAUUAUUUUACAAAAACGAUAUAGCGAUUUACAAAGGAAAUUAGACGAGUUAGAAUCUCUUAAAGAGGAAAACACAACAUUGAAAUUGAAAUGUAAAGAAUUAUCUAUGCACCAACAAUGAAUAUUAAAACAGACUUUAAGACUUUAGACGUAACAUACUUCAAAAGUAAUGACAUUUAACAUUAAUAUAACGUGUCAUAA